UCUACACUAGCUGGCGACAAUCUUGUUUUUCUAUUCAAUUGGUCUUCAAACUGCUAGGACUGCAUUACACUAAACUUGUUUGAUUUCCGUAAAAUGGAUUACACUUGUGUUUUCAAAUUUUUGCUGUAAAAAUGGGACGACCCGACUGUUUUUUGGACAAUAUUAAAUUACCAUCAUAUUAAUAUUUAUUUAUUUUUAAAUUUGUGUGACGAAUUUGUCAAUUUUUGAUUAGUGAAUUGUUCUAGUGGAUUACAAAUUAGUGAAUUCAAUUCUUAAAGACAUGGCGUCUGCUAAAGUCUCUCGCUCACGGCUGCGGUCGUCAGGCAAGAAGGACCCGCCCCCAGCUCCGGCUAUCAUCACACGACGUGAAAACACGCCGGUCAGCUCCUCCCCGGAGCCGGAGCCUAGCAGCGAGUCGGACAGCAACGAAAACGGCUCCUCGAUCAGCGUGACAACCACCAUCAGCAUCAGCAACUACAACGACACGGAGUCCUCAGAGAACGAACUGAAUAGAAAGAUGAGCGAGAGUAAGAGAAAGGGAAACAUCGUGUACAGAAUUGAAGAUUUGGAUAUAAUGAAAACCAUUGGAACCGGCACCUUUGGCCGGGUCGUCUUGACCAGGCACAAGGAGUCACGUGAGUACUGUGCCCUGAAGGUCAUGGCCAUCACACAGGUCAUCAAACUCAAGCAGGAGCAGCACAUCAAAUCAGAGAAGGCAAUUCUAUCCUCCGUGUCGCACCCCUUUAUCGUUAAUUUACUCUGGCACCACAAGGACGAGACCUUCCUCUACAUGCUGAUGGAGUACGUCCCGGGGGGUGAACUGUUCUCCUACCUGCGGAGCAUGGGCAAGUUCUCCAUCUCCUCUAGCAACUUCUACGCCAGUGAGAUCGUGGUGGCUCUGGACUACCUCCACUCCAACUCCAUCGUGUACCGAGACCUUAAGCCCGAGAACCUCCUGCUGGACAGGGACGGGCAUCUGAAGAUCACAGACUUUGGUUUCGCUAAAAUUGUGGAGGACAGGACCUGGACACUAUGUGGCACACCUGAAUACCUGGCGCCGGAAAUUAUUCUCAGUAAAGGUCACAACAAGGCCGUGGACUGGUGGUCUCUGGGAAUAUUAAUCUUUGAGAUGUUAGUGGGUUAUCCCCCUUUCUAUGCUGACAACCCAUUCCACAUCUAUGAAAAAAUUGUAGCAGGGAAAGUAGAGUGGCCGAAAAACAUUGACCUGGUAGCCAAAGAUCUAAUUAAAAAGCUGCUCAAUCCAGACCGAACCAGAAGGCUAGGAAACAUGAGAAACGGCGCGGACGAUAUCAAGAAACACAAGUGGUUCAAGGGACAGAACUGGGAAGCUGUUUACGCUAAAAAAUUAAAGCCACCAAUCAUUCCUGAGCUCUCCCACGACGGGGACACAACAAACUUUGAAACCUACGAGGAAUGUGAUUGGAGGAAAGCCGCCCCCGCCCCUGAGAGUGAGGCAAAGCUGUUCCAAGACUUCUAAUCUAGACCCCCCCCCCCUCACGACAAAUUUUCAUGCAACUAAAGUAUACCACAGACCCUCUACUGAGACACUGGACAAGACGAGCACUGGAAUCGAUUCUUCAGGCUUUGGUAGCAAGAACAUGCAAUUAGGCUCUGGUCGCCUUGGUAUGCAAGAACAUGCAAUCUUGCGCCGCUAACUGCAAUAUCAGAUUCAUCCUUGCACAAAAAUCUUCGCACAAAUCUCUCUGGGAGACAAACUAACGUAGAUAUGUGUGAAUCGUCGGCAAGUUGUGGUCUAUGUAACGUAGAUCUGUGUGAAUAGUCGGCAAGUUGUGGUCUAUGUACUGGUAAAUAUAUCAUCAAUCGAAUGGAAUGAGCUGGUAACAUAUCGUGUAUGGAAUGAGCGACCAUCAUUCCAAUCAUUGUGUGCUCGAGGUAAAGUUGAGAGAGUUGUGUAGAAACAUUUCAGCUGAAUUGAUCAGCUGUUUAAUCCUGCAAAUUGUAAAUAUGAUUUUAAAUAAAUCAGAAAUAUUUUAAAUAUUUAUUGUACAUUAAGUUUUUGAAAGAUGCCCUUUAUGUAUUUUCCUUUCACCGUUUUUAUAAAACAGGCUGUGAUUUCAUCUGAAGUUCAUCGUAAACAACUUACUUGUAAUUUAAACUGAUAAAGUCUUUUAAUUUUUAGCCAUGACUUA